GCUUUACCAUAUCUCACCACCACUUCCUCUUGUGUUAUUAUUAUUCGUGUCUAUCCAAUCCAAUCCUUUUUUCUUAAAAAAAAAAUCUUCAAUUCUACUUUCUCACAAUGUCUACCUUUGUUGAAGACCACAACAACAAGAAGCGGGUACGAGAUGACUCGGUUGGGUCGUCCGAGUUAGACUCACCCGAGGUGAAGCGACUCAGAGAAAACCUUCUUGAUUUUCUCGACGACUCGGAUCCCAAUCCCACGAUUCAAGAGCUUGACUCGCUCAUGAAGAGUUUCGAGGAAGAGAUAUCUUCUUCGCCGGUGCCGGUGGUUGACCUCACGUCAGAUUCCAGCGAGUCUCAGCCGGAUCUUGGGUACCUUUUAGAGGCUUCGGACGACGAGCUUGGCCUUCCACCUUCUUCGAGCGAGGAGGUUAAGAACGCGCUGGAGACUGAGUUGAUCCGAGUCUCGUCUGACUCGUCUGGAAUCGGCGAGUUUUGGGGGUUUGAGGACCAGAUCCCGAGUUAUGACUCGUUCGAGUUGGGAACUGGUGAUGGUUAUAACAAUAGUAACGCGUACGUGGAGUUUAACGGGCUGUUCGAGUAUUCCGAUGUCUAUUUCGAUUCGUCAGAUUUCUCGGAUCCCACGUGGCGGCAUGAAACAUUGCCGGCGCAGUAGAACCCAAAAAAAAAAAAAAAAAAAUUCAAAUCGAACCGUUUCAGUCCGACCGAAUAUUAUACGGAGAAGUUGUAAAUUUUUUUCUUUUUUUAGAUUUCUAUUUUGUUUUUCCUUUUUAUUUUUUAUUUUUUAAAAAGGAAGCCAAAGGAAUAUAUGUAGGGUUAGGAUACAUGGUUCUAAAAUGCGUUAACUUGUCAGGAACUGGUUCUCUAUUUUCGUGAAAUCAUGAUUCAUGAACCACUUGGACGAAUCUA